UUCCUCCACAAAUAUUCCUUCAUAAAACACGGCCAUUUUUAUUUUGCUUUUUCUUUCUGUUCUGAAUUCAGACUUUAAAGAGCUCCUCAUUGUGUCUCUGACUUGGCCGUAAACGGCUUCUUUAAAAGUGAAAUAGAGUAGAAAUUGGGUUUCUGGUUCUGCAGUCUUCUUGGAGGAUCGCUUUUGUUUGAGAUUUGGGGAACCACUUUUUCCUCUCAUUUGAAAAAUCUUUUUGUUUCUAUUCUUGUCUUUCUUCUUGUGGAGUUGAUUCGAUCUUAACUGGCUUUAUUUUUCUUACAUUGCGUGAGGGGUUUUUUACUAUCUAAAAAAUUUUAAAAAAUAAAGGAAAAAAUAGAAGGCUGUUUUAUUUACAGCUUUUUUUUUUCUUCCUUUAGUCAUUCCUUUGGCCUGAUUUCUUUCUCGUGCCGUUUUUGUGCCGUAAAACAAGAAUUACGGUCUCUAUUCUGUUCGUGUACAUCAUCGAUAAGCGUUUAUAUUACCAGUAUAAACAUUACUGUUUUCUCGUCGUGGAAUCCUCUUUCCGACUUGCUAAUUGUCUCUCUUUUUACUUUACGUUAGAAAUCUGUACAUAGUCUGCAGCCUCUUUACUUUUCUUUUUCAUUUGCAUGCUUUGAUUCGUUUUGUUUGCUUUCACAAAAUUUCUUAGAAUCAUCUUUCAUUGGUUGCCUUCCGCUCGUUUCGUCUUCUGCUUGGUCUCUUUGUCCUUGUCUUUUAUAUGCUAUUUUUUUUUCUACGAUUGAUUUGGUUUUAAUAUGAUGAAAAAAUUUAGAUUUUUCUCGUCUCCUCGAACUUUUGGAAACUGGACUUUUCGUGCCUUACUUCUAAUUUGUCUUUUCUUUGUACUUUACUUUUCUUUAAGCAUCUCCUUUCCGUCUUCUUCACUUUCUUUCAACUUGCCAACUAUUUCGUAUGCAGCUUCUUCCGUGUACGCCCAACACCUCGAAAAUCUUAGACACGUUUUUUAUCACACCAUGGAUCGCCAGCUCGCUGGUGUUCGUGAUAUUGCUCUUGUUCACUUGCCGUGCACUGCUGACUCUGAUAACUUUUUGUCUAUUUUGGGACAAUGGCAAUAUUUGAAGGAAAGGAAUAUUUCCGUUCGUUAUCAAUCCUGCCCUCGUCACUUUAACCUUUCGGUCGCUAAUGCGACAAUUAACCAACUUCACCCUCUGUACUCUGCUGUCCUUCAUGCCGCUCCUAUCAAAGGACAUCCCUUCAACUUAAACGACUUUGUGUCUUCCUCCGAGCCUUCCCUCGAUAGCAUCCGUCGACUCAAGCUACGUUCUUUUCCUGUCAAUUAUCCUUUUUUUGUAGAUGAACAAAUGCAGCAUGCACUAGAGGCUAUGCGUCAUCAUCCAGAUGCUUAUUUGAUAUCAUCUCGCAUAACCGAAGACACUAGAUACGCACGUUCUGGGGCUGGUACCUUUACAUUUGCUCCUGAUUCUUCAAUUUCAUAUUUAAGUCAUAUAGAUCAUUUUCAACAACCGAAAAUGUCAAAAUAUAGUGCCAGUCUUAUUUUAUCUAAGGAUCACAGUGUUCCAAUAGCUGGUUCGAGAAACAUCAAGUAUCCUUGGACGCUUCAUUUCUGGGGUCCCGAACAGGACCGUAAAAUUAUCACUGCAAACUCGACGCUUGUUGAACAAGCAGGUCAGGUACUUGAAUAUGCACAGCCUCUGCUAAGUGAGACGCCUUAUUUUAUAACUGAUAAAUUCCAGUUGCAUCUCCUCGCCACUUAUGCAAAUUUAAAACAUGUCUACAUUAUCAAUGAUUACGAAUCAGAAUUUGGCAAAUACGAGCUUGAUUGGUUACAAGCUCUCCAUUCCAAAGGAAAUGUAGCAGUUGCUAAGAAUCUAUAUUCAGCAAUGUUAAUUGUGGAUAAUUGGUUAAGAGGUACCUAGUAGACUAAGAAGACUCCAAAAAACAUACAAGACUAGAAGGAAAACAACUUCUUGACUUGUCUUGUGCAAAAUUGUCUUAUUGGUUUGUAUACAAUUUACAUCUUAUCUAUAAGGAAUGGCUCUUCCUUGAAACUUUGUUCUUUCGCAUUAUUCUUUUUUUUUCUUUCUCUCUCUUUUCGAAUCUUAAAAUAUAUUGUCAUCCCUUUGUCACGUUUAUUUUCAUACCUAACCGAAGGUAUGAUGCUUUUAGUUGUUCUUUUUGACGUUUUUUCUAUAUUUAUUUCUUUCUUCUGUUCUUUUUUAAUUCUAUUUUUAUGAUUUUUUUAUGCAUAUAUUUUUUUUUUUCCUUUUCUAUACGAACAUUUAGG